UCUCCUUGUCAAGUGACCGCUUUUUAGAUUGAAUUGUUUUUGUUUUGUUUUGUUCAACAAUGAAAUUGAUCAAUUAAUUGGCUUUUUAGUUACAAUAUUAUAAUGACCACAGGGGCUACUUUACUCGGCUGUGAUUUCGUCGAUUCAGCUUUAAAUUCACUUGGUGAAUUAUGGAAACAACAUGUUGCUACUCUUGAAAAUACAAUUGAAAAAUUUACCCGUGAAUUGAGUUUAUCCACUUCAAAACAAGGAAGUGAGCCGAGAGUGACCAGAGCUCGAGCCAAGAAAGACGAGGAAAUUUCUCCAGUUGAAAGUAACAAUGAAAACCAACCACCAACCAAAUCUUCUGAAAUUAAACAAGAAAGUGAGUGGACAACAGAUGAUUCAUUUGAAAGUAUUGAUUCAAUUGGAGAUGAAACUUAUCAAAGAAUGAUAUUAAAAAAGUCUCCCAAUUCAAGUCACAAGGUCAAAACAGUGAAAAAACGAAAACAAACUGAAUAUUUUACACCAUCAAUACCUCACAAAUCAUCAAGAAUAACUCGAGCAACAGCCAACAAGAUUACACCGGAAAUCGGAAAAACAAAGAUUAGUCUUUUAACUAAAGCUUCAUCUUCUGUUACCAAAUCUUCAAAUGGUACAACAACAAGUGGAAGUAGUAUCGCCAGUUCACAGGCUACAAUUGCUUCAGUGGGUCGAUCAGAUUCAGUUAAAGGGAAAAAACCAAUUCCUAAAACUUGUACUACCCCAGAUACAAAAACAUUAACCGCUUCUGCCGCUAAGAGAAGAUUAGAGGAAGAAGAGAAGAGAAAAGCUAAUUUAGCCCAAAUGAAAGAGAAAGAGGAGAAAGUGAUUCAAAAUAAGCAAGAAAAUCUCAAGAUUAAAGCCCAGAUGACGAAAUUAAAGAACGAAGAGAAAAGAAGAAGAAUUGAACAAAUGAAGAGAAAAGAGGAAGAAGAGUUGAGAGAAAAACGUCUAAAGGAACAAUCUAAAUUGGAAGAGAUUGAAAAACGUAGAAAAGAAAAAGAAGAAGCUCGAAGACGAGAACUCCAAAGGAACCAAGAAGCAGCUAAAAAGAAACAAAUAGAAUUUGAUUUGAGAAAACAACAAGAAGAGGAAGAGCGAAAAGCUCGUCUUUUGAAGCAAGAGGAGCAAAAUAAACAAAAAAAGAUUGAAAAUGAACGUAUUCGAAUAGAACAAGAUAAAAUUCUUAAGAUGAUCGCUCAACAUAAUAGUAAUUUCCAGAAAGGCCAAAACACUUCAGCAACACAGCAAAAAGUUGAUCAUCCUGGUACAUUCAAACAACCUUUGCCACCAACACCAAGUGAAGUUCAACCUGCGUUACCAUUGAAUAGAACAUUUUCCGUUGACAAAGAAGGAGAAUCAGUAAUGAACGAAAAAGAGUUAGUGAAAAAAGAAGGAGAAUCAGCGAAGAGCGAAAAAGAAUCGGCGACAAAAGAAGCGAAACCAAUAAAAGUUGAAAGUUACCAAAUUACACCUCCACCUAAACCGAAACCUAAACAAAUGCCAGUAAAUUACGAUAUCAGUGAUAUAAAGUCUGAUGAUGAUACUGAUGAUGAAGAACGACCAAGAAAAUUGAUACCCUCUUGGGCUAAAGGUGAUGCGUUAAUAGCGGCUUUGGAUAAACAAUUUGCGAAAUCACGUCGAGCUCGUGAAAGACAAAUACGUGAGAUUUUCCCCUGUUAUGAUUACACGAUUGACUUGAUCGAGAUAUUCAACACUAAUCGCGUUGUCCAUCCCAAAUACGAUAAGCGAACCAGUUCAGCUGUAUGGAGCUCUCCACCCUGUAACUCAACAAUCAACUAUAGCAUGAUAACAGAUGAUAUCUAAAAUAUUAAUUUUUUAUUCAUAAGAAAAGUUAUCCACUAUCAUCGUACAUGAAUAUUGAUUAAAUUGUGUUUGAGUAUUUGUUUCCUUUUCACCAAAUGUCAAUGUGAAAAUGGCCACUUUCCAAUCCCGUCGGUCAACUGUAAAUGAUGUUUCAUAUUUAUUACCAUUAAUGAAGCCUAUUGACUUUUUGGGACAUUUUCGACACUCGAUUGAAAAGAGAGAGAGAGAGAUAGAGAGAGUUUUAUCGUAAUCAUCAAAUUCACCAAAGGCAUCGUCAACUUUUGUCCUUAAUCAAUUUUUAUUUUUUGGGCAAAUGUUAUUUUAAUGAUUUGAUUUCUUACUUCAUUUCAAUUACACUUUAUUUUGUUGAUAUUUAUCAUUCUAUCCCGUUCAUUUAUCCUUUGCAACUCGCUGAAGAAAAUGUUGCCAGACAAUUAAACAAAUUUAGAAUUACAAUAAACGAAAUGGGUUACAAAA